UGUUUGUCCCUUUUCAUAUCGUUGCAUUUUCUCCGCCGGUUUGCACGUGGAUUUCGUGUUCGUCUCUGCCGGGAAAGCAAGUUCAGCCAAUUUUGUGCAAAUCCGCCGAAAGGAAAAAUGGGCCGUAAUCAGUUCCAUCAUCGCGGUGGUAAUCGUGGCGGAGGCAGACCAAGCAAUCGGCACCGCGGAGCAGGUGGCCACCAUUCAUCGUUCAAGCAUCGUGGCGGCGGCGGCGGCCAGCAUCGGUCCUCGACGCCAAGGGGAGGAAAAUUCUCGUUCGGCAAUGGACGGCAACAACAGCCGCCAAAAACUCGCGAGCCGGUGGCUGUUUCGAACGUGAAGGAAGAUCAGGUAUUCAUCACGGAGUACGUGACCGAGGGCGAAGGAUUCCUGGGGAUUUUGAAAUCGAGAUUUUCGGAUUUCCAAGUGAACGAAAUCGACUGCGAUGGAAAAGAAGCCAUUCUCACAGAUGAAAAAGCCCCUACUCCGCCCGAAAGUGAAGAACAAUCGAAUGAAGAGUCCGAGAAAGAGCUGGUCCAAUUGAUCUCACAGGAAAAUGUGGAUAAAAUUCGCAAGAUAGCCGAUUCCAAGGGAAAAUGUAACGAUAUCGUCGUAGUGGACGUAACAGAAAUGUCGAAGGAGGACCGCGGUAAGAUUCACAAUAGUGCCAAGAGCAUAUUUGGAAAGGCCAUUGUGGGAUCGACCGUAACGAAAAACGACAAAAAGUUGAUCACGUUUGCCGCGUUCAAUAAGUUCCAGCAGGUGGAUCGGAGAGAGAAAUGGAUGUGGCCACAUCGUUUCACCCAUUUCCUGUUGUACAAAGAAAACGAAGACACGAUCCAGGCAACUUCACAGCUGGCAGAGUUGUUGAAAUGUUCUCCUUCGGCAUUCGCUUAUGCCGGAACUAAGGACCGUCGUGCUAAAACUACCCAGUGGGUUAGUAUGAAGAUGUAUCACCCAAGCAAAAUUGUUGCGGCUGCGGCCAAGAUCCGACAGCUGACGGUGGGCAACUUUUGCUUUAAGCCAGAACAGCUCAAGCUGGGUCAGUUGCAAGGAAACCGGUUCCGGAUAGCGUUGCGUCAGGUUUCCGCCGAGGAGACCGUCAUCCGUAAAUCGUUGGAAAGCUUUCAAGAGAAGGGAUUCAUCAAUUAUUUCGGUUUGCAGCGGUUCGGCAACAGUGCCACAGUUCCAACGUACAAGGUCGGAUUGGAAAUCCUGAAAAGUUGCUGGCAAGAGGCGGUCAAUUUGAUUCUGAAACCUCGUGAGAAUGACCACUGGUACAUGAAGGCCUGUCGGGAAGAGUACCAGAAAACGCGUGACCCCAGAAGUGCCUUAGACAAGCUGAGCCCGAAGAACAAAAGCAUUGAAAAACAAGUCUUGUCAUGGCUCGUGGAUCACAAAAACGACUUCAAGGGCGCUCUGCAGCGUAUUCCCAGGAACGUGAGACUGCUCUACUGUCAUUCCUACCAAAGCCUAAUAUGGAAUCGGGUUGCAAGUAAAAGGCUAAAAGAACUGGGCUAUCAACUGAUUCCAGGCGAUCUCGUAUACGUCGACAAAACAGUCAGCGCUGAACUGCCCAUAGAGGAUGCCCCUAUCGAGCUGCAGGACAAUCCACCGGAGGAAGAUUCCGAAGAAUCAUCCGAAACGUCCGUGUUCAAGAAUUUAGUCAAGCCCCUUACCGAAGCGGACAUUGCCUCUGGCCAAUACACCCUUUUCGACGUGGUUCUCCCAUUGCCAGGACACGAUAUUACCUAUCCGGCCAACGAAUGCGGCAAAUGGUACGAGGACAUGAUGGCCGAAGAUGGACUCUCGUCUGAGAAAUUAAAGAGCAAAAUCAAGAAAGAGUCGCUGGGUGGUGCCUAUCGGAAGAUGGUUAUUAAACCGCAAAAUCUGAGCUGGAAGCUGACCACCUAUGCGGAUCCGUCGGAUAUUCUUAUUCUUUCUGAUCUGGAGAAGCUGAAGGGCGUCAAGGAGCCGGAGCCCAAAGAAGAUGCCAGCAAUAAGGCGCUCAUCCUGGACUUCCAGCUGCCAAGUUCGUCCUACGCGACGAUGGCUCUGCGAGAGAUUCUUAAAGCGGAUACAUCGGCCAUGCACCAGCGAUCAUUGGAGCAAGUGCAAUCGACAAAGGGAGCGGACGAGCCGCCAGCGGAGUCCACACCCGAAGAGCAACCCAUCGAAAGUGACACAACCGAUAAGAAUGAUAAGCCCACAGAAGACGCUCCUGCUGUCCAAGAUGAACCGGAAAAGGAAACCUCCCAUGAAAGCACCACGAAGGAUGAUGGGUCUCCAACGAAUGCCGAUGAGUCUCCUCAAGAAGAGGAGCCGGCGGUAAAGAAACCCAAACUGGAUCAGUAAGGGUAAUUUGCGUUGUAGAACCCUCGGCGGAAAUGCGGGAUACUGUACCACUCUGUGAACAUUGACGGCUUAGAAGGUGGGUAUUUUCUGUAGCAUCCAACAAUCUAGGUCGUUGUUCACAAAACUAUCGAGGAAUUUGCAUUAUCUAUUUUUUAAACUGAUUUUCUAAAAAUGGACAUAUUAAAGUACACAAAGUGAUGUAUGUAUGUAUUUCAUAAUACAAAUA